UCUCUCUCUCUCUCUCUCUCUCUCUCUCUCUCUCCAUUUUUAUCACCAUUAAUUGUUUCUAACAAGUUAAAGAGAAAGGAUAUAUAUAUAUUUAUAUAUAUAUAAUGGCAAGAAGAGCAGAGGCAUUGAACAUGGCAUCCAUGUUGACACUCUCUUUGGCUCUGCUCCUACUCUCUCUCAUUUCAGGAGAAACCAUGAGACCAGUGCAGGGACAGCGGACGUAUUGCGUGGCGAAGCCGUCGACGGACGAGGCGACGCUGGCGGCGAACCUGAACUACGCGUGCUCGCAGGUCGACUGCGGGGUGCUGCAGAGAGGGGGGCCCUGCUUCUACCCAGACAGCCUCAUCUCCCACGCCUCCGUCGCCAUGAACCUCUACUACCAGUCCCGCGGCCGCAACGCCUGGAACUGCUACUUCCGGAGCUCCGGCCUCAUCGUCACCACCGACCCCAGUUUUGGUGGCUGUGCCUACUGAUGCAGCAGAAGAGAGCAAAGCAAAUUAAUGGUAGUAAGAAAGAACAAGUGGGCCCAAUAGGUUUUAUGUGAUGAGUUAAUUGGAGUGGAGUGCUUAGUUUGUCUCUCUUUUGGUUUUUGAUUUGGAGUAAAUAUUGUAACUGAGUUGAGUGCAUGGAAAUUUUAUCUGAUAUAUAUGAAGUUAAUUGGAAAUCUUAA